AUGGACUCAUUGGUGGCGGGGGGAGUCGCCGGUCUCGUGGUGGAUCUCACUCUGUACCCGAUCGACACGAUCAAGACCCGCCUGCAGUCGAGGAGUGGGUUUUAUCAGGCGGGUGGAUUCCGCGGGGUAUACAAGGGCCUCAGCGCCGUCGCCAUCGGGUCUGUCCCCGGCGGUGCUGCCUUUUUUGUCGGCUACGACCUCACAAAGCGGGCACUUUUGGAUGAUGGCGGGGAGAACAACUUGACUACAGCGCGUCGAUUGACAUCGCAGGCUGUGGCCGCGAUGGCGGGUGAAACUUUGGCGUGCCUCACACGUGUGCCCACAGAAAUGGUCAAGCAACAGCUCCAGGCGGGACACCACCACGACAUUUACCGGGCACUCUCGCACAUCACGCACAAUAUUCCACCGGAUGCCGCCUCAGUGAUGGCGCCGAGAAAAAUACGUUGGCUCGGUCUCCCGUUGCUUUUUACGGGAAUGCCUAUCAUGUUACUGCGUGAAUGGCCGUUUUCUAUUGUCCAAAUGUGUUGCUACGAGGGACUUAAAGCAUGCUUUCAUACAGAGGAGAGACCACAGUAUUUGCCGCUGUGUGGGGCAUUGAGUGGUGGCACAGCGGCGUUUCUCACAACACCAUUGGAUGUGCUGAAGACACGCAUCAUGCUGGGGCAGGUGGGGGCUGCAAAGCGUACAACACCCCGUGGGACUGCGGCGGUUCGUGCAGCGUUUCACGACUUGUUGUGUGAGAUGCCGCGGGCAACAGACAAGUGGGGAGGGGCACAACGAUUUUUUCGUGGAGCCGUCCCACGUGUGAUUUGGAUUUCUAUCGGGGGAAGCGUCUUUUUUACCACGUACGAGACCGUCUGGCGUGGUUACCAUUGGGCCACGACAACAAAAUAA